CACAGCUCCACACACAGAAACAGAGAUAAACAAGGAGCCGGAGGGAAACGUCUACUGGAUCUGAAAUGACGUGGCGGGAGGAGCUCCGCAGUAGGCAAUUCUGGAGUGCCGUCUUAGCAGAGCUGCUUGGCACCCUGGUGUUAGUGAGCGCUGUGCUGGGUGCCUCUGUUCCAGGGCCCGGCGAGGCCCCAGUGGGGCCCCUGUAUCCAGCUGUGGCAGUGGGUGUGGUCAUUAUUUCACUGGCACACUGCUUUGGAGAAAUAAGUGGAGCGCAGGUGAACCCGGCUGUCACACUGUCCUUGCUGGCCACCCGGAAGCUGGACGCUCUGCGGGGGGUCGUUUACAUGGUGGCUCAGUGUUUGGGGGCCUGUGUAGGGGCCUCGGCCCUCUAUCUGGCUCUGCCCCUCAAAGCCACAGCUGAGCACUUUGUUAACAGGGUUCCUGCAGAUUUGAAUGCAGCGCAGGCUCUGUGCAUCGAGGUUCUGUGCACCUUUCAGAUGGUUUUCACCAUCUUCUCAGUGGAGGAGCAGAAACGGAAGGAGAGCGUGGAACCAGGAAAUCUGGCCAUUGGACUUUCUCACACUGCUGGAGUGCUAAUAGGGGCCCGUUUCUCUGGUGCCAGUAUGAACCCGGCUCGCUCCUUGGGUCCAGCCAUCAUCACUGGAUUCUGGGAAAAUCACUGGGUAUACUGGAUCGGUCCGAUCAUCGGCGCUCUACUGGCCGGAGUGUCCCAUGAGUUCUUCUUCGCCCGCAGCGCCUCUCGCCAGAAGCUGGUGGCCUGUUUGACCUGCAAGGACAUUGAUAUUGUUGAGACGGCCAGCAUGACCGGUUCGUCUCUGUCCACAGUCACUCAGAACGCCAUGAGAGCCAAACAUGCCAACAAACAGGAAAGCAACUGAAGACGGACGGUGGUUUCGUCAGGCUUCGAUGGUGAUGAGCGAUGGCAGGAGCAGAGUUACCAACGGUUAAGCUCCUUAAACGUCCUGUGCCAAAAAAAAAAACACAAAUCAGACUAAUGAUCUGAAGAUUGUUGUGUAAUAA